CCUUGAUGUUGAUAUCGGCCAGAACAAAUUAGAGAGGUAGCUAAUUAGGAUAUUAUUUGGUCACAAAAAACAACGAAAAACGAAGCAAUGUCGGAUAUAAUAUGCAGAUGGCUUAACGUAGAGCUCCGGCUAUCAAAGUCUGUGGCCCCUAGGUCCUUCUCUAAGGAUUUUGCAAAUGGUUAUCUUAUCGGGGAGAUCCUGCAUAAAUAUCAACUGCAGGAGGAUUUUGAUCUGUUCCUAAAGAGCAACUCCGCAAGCUCAAAGCUGAAUAACUUCACACGUGUCGAGCCCACACUGAAACUACUGGGAGUGUCCUUGAACCUGAGCAUGGCUGUGAUGCAGGAGGAGCAUGGCGCCGCCACACGCCUCCUUUAUCAGCUCUACCUGCUGUUGCAAAAGAAGAAGAUGGCAGGCCUAACUGGCACGGCUAUGGAGGCCAUGCGGCCAGCUGGCACUGCUUUCCUCCACCGCUUGGAGAAUGACAUCUACCGUAAGCACCUGAGGACAGUGGUUAAGAGAGAGGCUGAUCAGAAACUCCAAAAAAUUGCUCUGAAGUACGAACUCAAAGGCCAAGCGAUGUGUGACAAGUCAGUCAUGGCCCGAGUUGUGGAGGAGCAAAAACGGCAGAGAGUGCUGGAAGAGAUGAGACACCAGGAUGUUGAGAAGCUCCGACGGACACACAAGAAACAGCGUGAAAAGACGACUCAAAUUCAGACCGCCACCAUCCAGAUUCCCAAACCCCCUCCCAACCGAACAUCAAAGGCCCUCGAGGGACACCAGCGGGACUGGAAGAGUCGGGAGGCUGAGAAAGUUUGCUUGGAAAUCAGCCAGUUUGAGAAGAACCGGAGGAAGUUGUCUCCUGCUGAGCGCUUUGGCGCUUCCUCUUUGAGUGCCCAUCAGACGUCCUCCUUCCACACUGAGGCGUUUGGCAGUCACUCUUCACAAGCGCCCGGUGCAGAGGAGACGGCUGCGGCCAGCAGCGAGUACAUCCAGAGGAUCCGCCGGAGGUUGGAGGAGGACUCCGCAGCGCGUCAGCAGAGAGAGAAACGCAGACGCCGCUUCCUGGUGCAGCAACUGAAGGCACACGAGGCCCAAGAGGAGGCUCUUCGAGAGGAGCAGCUAGUGGAGCGCCUGACUCGUCAGUCCCAGCAGGAGAAACGUCUGGCCGUCCAGCUCAUGCAGCUCCGCCAGCAGAAGGAGGUUAUUCUGCAGAACCGCCUGCUCCGUGACAAACAGCACCAGGAGCGACGUCAACGGGAUUUUCAAGAGGCCUUGGACAGGGAGUCGGCUCUAGCACGCCAGGCCAGCUUGGAUCAUGCAGAGGAAAUUCGGAAGCAGAUGGAGCUACAUGAGGUGAUUGCGGCAGGGCGCGUCAUGGCUCGUUACCGGAAGCACUUUGACAACUGCCAAGGCAUCCUGGAGCAGAUAGUGGACCUGGUCAUGAAGGUUGGGGAAUACCGGCUCCUAACUGGAAACCUCAUCCCAAUGAAGAUGAUGCGGGAGUGGAAGGAGCUGUUUUUUCGGGGGAAGCCCCUAUAUGACAGGGGUUGUCUGGAGGAGCUACCAGCCGACCCCACCCCAGAGCAAGUAAUCGAGGCUGACAAACAGGAGAUCCUUAAUGACCAGGACUAUGGCGACUACACGAGCAUGACAGGUGAGUGGGCCUGGCCUGAGGGGGAGGGACCGAAGCCCCCGCCAUCCGUCAGUAACUUCCUGGAACAUGCGGUGCUCCGCCUGCACAUCAUGGUGAACCCCCCGAAGCCAGCCACCCCCCCGCCCGUCUUCCCUCGCUACACCCUUAAAGCCUGUGUGCUGGGGAAGCCUUUCUCCGGGAAGAGCACAUGCUUAGCCAGGAUUGCCCAAGUCCUGGGCAUCCAUGUCCUGCCAGUUGGUGAUCUGAUCCAGGAGGCUCUGGCCGCACAGGAGCUUGGAGAAUGUGAGAAGAGCCCAGAGGGCUGUGGGACAUCAAUCGCUGAUGACAUGGACCAGGAAGAGGAGGAUUCUGGGAUGGGGGAGGAGUCAUCACAGAAUUCAGGUUUACCAGUUCCGGAGCAUCUGCUGCAGGGGGCCAGGGAGACAUCCAAGCUGUCUUUGGCCCAACACGGAGCAGCAGUGGAAAAGGUUCUCAGGACAGGGAGCGCCAUCCCAGACCAGCUGCUUGUGGACAUUGUAGUUGAAGCUAUCAGGGCGGUCCCUGCCGACUCCGGAUGGAUUCUGGACGGCUUCCCGGUAACUCUGAACCAGGCCAAGCUCCUGGAGAAGGCCCUGGGAGGAUCGGACGCCGGGAAGGAGGGGGACUGGAGGGACAACAGGCGCGGUGACCUGUCAUUGGAUAGCACUGCCCCUAAAGAGACCCCCCCUCCCUGUCCUCCGGUGCUGGACCUAGCUCUGCUGCUGGAUGUGACUGACACCCAAGUUCUGUCCCGGGCUGCCAAGCAGGCCUGUGCGGAGAAGAGCUCUGGCCAGGCCAGGGUUGGGGAUGGUGAUGAGACCAGUGACCCGCCUGGACAACACGUAAGAGAGCAAAGCGACGUCACGACCAGGGACCAGAGCCUGGAGGAGAGACAGAUCCAGCACAGGAUCACAGGCUUUCAGGACACCUGGCCCAAGCUGGAGAAGUGGUUCUCUGAAAAACAAAGCAUCCUGGUCAGACUGAACGCUGAGACGUCUGAGGAUGUCCUCGUCGAAAAGGUGGAAUCCGUCCUGUACCGGGCCAUGUCGCAGGCUGAAAAGGCGGAGGAAGUGGAUUUAGACCGCAUGAAGGCACCAGCGGUCGGGCCCCCUGUCCUCCGGGUGGCGUCCCCAGCCGCGGCCUCGGCCCCGCCCCUUUCCGAGUCCGCCUCCACUCUGGCCAAUCAGGGUCUGACUCAGACUGUGAAAAACUCCCCCCAAGGUUCUUACAGCGGUAUGGGGAGGAACACACCAGGGGAGAACCAGGCCCAUGAUAAGCUGUCCAAAUCUGGAUUAGGAGGAGAUGGAAAGUUAUUCAUGAGUUCAUCGCUGGAGAAUAUUCCGGUUGGAAACACGGUCCCUACAGAGCAUUCUACUGCCACUCCAGGCUCUGCACAAUGGGUGUACAUGGACGAGCCCCUUCCCAAGGAGAUCCCAGAGGACCUGGUGCCCUACUGGGAAAGUGCGUGUCGCUCCUAUGUGACCGACGUCAAGGCUGUGAUGCAGAACCUCCGUACAGAACGCAUCUUGAUCAUUCACCAUCUGUUCGACAUCAGAGAGAAGUUCAGGCGGUACCUGCAACGGCCCGACCUGAAGCAGGAGUUUGUGUCCCAGUUUCAGCAGGACUACAACAGCAUCCUGGAGGAACUGAGGGAGGACGACGUGACCAAGGCAGAGAUGCACCAGCGUUUUGACGACCUGCGUGAGCGUCUGUGGGACAUAUGUGACAAGCGGCGUGAGGAGGCGGAGGAGGAGCGGGUGGCCGUCAUGGGUGACGGCUGGCUCGAGGACCACACCGCCCUGCUCAUCAAUCACUUUGCCACGCUGAUGCAGGCGGAAGUGGACAGGUGCCAAGACACUCUGGGCCUCCUGAGGGAUUACUACAAAGGAAUGUACCGGCAGGGGCUCCCUGAGGCAGGGUCAGAGUUCACCUGCGUACCACUGCUGGGUAUUGUGGAGCCAGAAGAGCCCGGAACCAUGACUGACAGAUCCAAGAGUUCUGAAAGAGUCAUCAAGAGUCCUACUGCAAGAGACAACGACGAGGAUGAGAAAAAGAGAACCAAAGUGGUUCCACUGAUCGCUCGGAGACCGGCCUCUGCUGAACUGGCCUCCAUGACACAGGAAGACCUUCAUGACCAUGAUGAGAAGCUACUGCAGGACAUCUACCAGGCCGCUCUGACUGCUAUCCACGACAUGGUGUCAGUGGAGGUGGGGCAGCUGGAGGCGGAGGAGAAUGAGGAGGCCCAGGGGCAGGUGGAGGUGGAGCCACUACGGAGGAUGUCCCAGACCUCCACAGCAGCCAACUCUGGCAAGAACCGGAGGAGAGCAGGUGGCAGGAAGAAAGCGCCACCUACCCCUGUUCAAGAGCCCUGCCCUCCUACACCAACAAAAGAAGACACUGAGAAGGCCUUGAAGAGGUCCAUACGGACCAGAAUCAGACAGGAGUACACUGCCGCCCUCCACCAUGAAGACUGUUCAGUGAGGAUGCGGGUGGAGCUGGUCAAGUCCUGUGCUCUGAUCAAGUUGAAGGAUCUGUGGAGGAGGGCCGAGGAGGCCUUCAGAGCCAUGGAGGCGUGGCUGGGAGCCUGCUUCAUUUCUGAAAUGAACAGCAUUGACCAGCUGGCCGAGGUGGUCCGUCACCACAUUGAGUCGGCCACCAAGCUCCAGAGCGAACUGACUCUGGUGCACACCGACUUCUUCCUGAAUGGGGACUUGAUGGUGGUGGAACGCCCCCCUCCCCCUCCCCGCAGCGCCCCCAUGGAGCCCUGGGCAUACCACACCCUCACCGUUCCGCAGCUGGAGGCCUUCUACAGGCAGCUGUGCAGGGUGGCCCCGACAGGAGUGCUGUGCAGUGCUGACUUCAGGGAGAUUCUGCAGACGCUGACCUCGCUGGACAUUGACCUCUGGAUGCCUGAGACCUGGCUGGUGGAGCUGGUGUCGAUGCUGACCCAGGACUCAGAGGUGCUGGACUGGCGUCAGUUCCUGCUAAGUGCUGCCCUCCCCUGGCCCACCCCAACGUUGGCUCAGUUGCUUCAGGUGUUAGCCCGCUUCAAGACGGCCGACACUGACGCCAGAGGCUCUUUGACAGAGGAGCAAUACCUCCAGGUUGAGUUGUGGUUCCCUAGUGAACAGACUAAGCCUCUUCCAGAGGACCUGUGUGAGCCACCUCGCUACGAUCGACUGGCUAACCUACGGAAGUUUUUCUUCCUGCUCUUCUGUGACCCUGACUCCUCACCGACCCGUGUCGACUAUGUAACCCUGCUUCUGUUCUUCGUCGCCCAUCCUGACCCUGUGCAAGGCUUUGUCCGAGCUCUCAGUGUCGUCAUGGGACAACCACUUCAACACCACUCUAGUAGUAGACUUCUCAAGUCUGUGCCUUGCAUGGAGGAUGGGGUGAAUGAACCAACUGAGCAUGAAGAGGAGGUGGUGAUGGAGACUGAGGGGGUGGCAGGGAGGGGGGAGGGCGUGUCUAUCCCUGCCCUCCUCAAGGUCAUCUCUCAUGGGGGGGCCAGGGGAGCCUGCCACCACCGCUUCGACCCCAAUGGAAGGAGCCCAGGGGAGGAUGAAGAGGAGUUUGUCAAGGUCUACAGAGAACUGGGGUACACGGCUGAGGAGACAAUCCCAUUCUCCAUCCUGUCCCAGCAUCCAGUCAUACAGGAUCUGAUUGAGGGCUCCACAAAAUACCAGCUCAUUGUUUAGACUAUAAUGGACGUGCAGAAAGCUACCAGAUGACCUCAUGGUCCGCUGGGAAGAGCUACAUAAGAGACUACAACCGA